AUGGAAAACUGGACAGACCAAGGACCGGCGCGAAAGAGGAUGAGAAAGGGGACCAGAAGUUGCACAGAAUGUCGGCGACGCAAGAUUCGAUGCACAUUUCACCCCAACCGCCCGACAGUCUGUAAUGAGUGUCGGUCCAGAGGUACGAAAUGUGUUGAUCAAGAACAUACAGUUAUUACCCCUCCAUCAUCCGGCUACCAGCGGAACUCCCAACUAGGCGAACAGCCAUACAGUCUCCGCGAGCGAGUCGCGCACCUGGAGAACCUUGUCGAGGGGUUGACCAAACGACUAGACCAGCAGGACUCUCGCACUCCGCUCAGCGAGCACCAUGGGACAAGUCAAUGUGUACAAGCCCAUUCGAGGCCACUGGCUACUGAGACAGACGAACUAGGCCCGUCUAGUGACCAGAUUUGCAAUGCGCCGGUGCUACAACUGUUUGAUAACUAUAUCGUGAGCCGCGAAAAGGACUCGUCGAAUAAUGAUAAAUUCGCCGGUGUUCAGGACAUGUCGCCAAAGGCCGAAGCAGUGCGCGCAGAACUCAUGUCUCUCCUUCCUCCCGCAGAGGAUAUGAAUAGUAUAAUAAACUCGUCCUUCCAUUGGUUUGUGUGGCAUGAUCAUUUUCCAGAUAUGUUCGAUCGACAUGCCGACCGACUCGUCUUUAAUGAACAUUGCCACGAUGCUCUAGUGGCGCCCGCCGAAGUCGCCAAGGCACUCAUCUGCCUGUGUAUCAGUGCGAUUCAUGCCCCGUCUAAGUUUGACUUUGGUACUUUAAUCGUACCAUUCGAGCCUCAAAAGUUCUAUGAGAAAUGCACUGAGACCGUGGACCGCUUAAUUGUCCGUGAUGAUGACUUCGCCGCUACCUUGCCCGGUAUAGAAUGCCAGCUGUUGCUCCAAAGGGCUCACAUGACUGAUGGCCGGCUCCGGAAAGCUUGGCUGGUCAUUCGUCGAGCAAUCGAGUUUGCCCAUCUAGCUGGAAUGCAUUUGUCCACUAAGAUUCCAAGGCCAGGCGAUUCUUUAUAUGCAAGGCGCUUGAAAAUCUGGUGUUACCUGGCAACAUCGGAUCGAUUCCUAAGUUUGAUUCUUGGCCUGCCUUAUGGUAUCACAGAUCAAUUCUUUUUGCCACAGGCAGAGCAACGUCUCAAAUUCAACUUAUCAGCUCCUGAGGAAUACCUGUUGCGCAUUGGCAUUAUCACGGGACAUAUGGUUGACCGAAACCAAGACCCUUCCAAGAUGACUCUCACAGCAACUUUACGAUUGGAUCAAGAGCUGCAGGAUUCUUGGAAAUCUAUGCCCAGCCACUUCCAAGCCGCAGAGCCUUGCCAACACGAGAAACGGGAACACUACAAUGAGAGGGUCCCGUUGCAAUUCAUGCUCAAGCUACUGCGUGCUAUUCUCCAUCUCCCAUUGAUGCUGCAAUCCCCCCUUGAGCCUCAAUUCCUUCCCUGCCACACGAUCGCGAUUCAAUCCGCAAGAGAAGGACUCAUUCUAUACAAGGUCCUUCGAUCCACCACCAAACCCUCUUUGUGCAAAAUGAUCGACUUUAUGGCCUUCACGCUGUGUCUUCUUUUGAUAAUACACCUGCAAGGCUAUUCCGAAGAGAGUCCAGAUCAUAGCAAAGAGCAAGACGAAGAAGACUGGGAUAUAGUAAAGAAGGUCGUCGAGACCCUUCAUCUGGCGGCAACAGAGCUAGGAGGCUCAGUUGCUACCGAGUCUGCGAACAUCCUCGGCGCCAUCUACAACACCAGACAUAUUAAACCUGAUUGGGGCUCCAUAUCGAGCUGCAAAAUUACAGUGCCCUACUUUGGUACUAUUACGGUCAGUGCAGGAAGCAAGUUCUUCAAGGGUCGCCCCCAAAGCAAGGAGCAGGCAUCAAAAGUAUUAGGCACAAUGGGGCCAGAGGCCUCUCCCUCGGUACAAUGCCCUAGUCAGCUCUAUACUACGCCGAUGUCUGACCCUGAAGGUGCAUCAGGUACCAACACUGACGCCUUGAAUGGUGCUUCCAUCACACCCACGAUGGCGCCUGGAUAUCCAGACGAGUCAUGGCUUCCGAGAAGUGAAACAGUGACAAAUCCAUAUGCUGGCCUGGAGUUCAACGCGUUUAGUGGACUGUUCGAUGAUUUCGGGCAGUAUAUGUGGCCAAACCGCAGUGUUGACCUCGGACUUGAUCAGGGCUGGAAUCUAAAUUGGUCAGAUGGUGUGCCACCACCAUGA